UUGUUGGGUACACUUUGCGUUUAAGCGUCGACGUCAUCGCCACUGUCCGACAUUUUUACGCCCAGCGACCGGGAGGAGCGGCAGACAAAAGGUUUUCGCGAGGAUCUGCCUGCGCCGGCGAAGAUGAACGCGGAUUCAGAAGGUGCAGACUAUGAGAACCCAGAGGAGGUCGAGGAGAAAACUCGUCUCAUCAACCAGGUUCUGGAGCUCCAGCACACGCUCGAAGACCUCUCGUCGCGUGUGGAUGCCGUGAAGGAGGAGAACCUGAAGCUGAAGUCUGAGAACCAGGUCCUGGGUCAGUACAUCGAGAACCUCAUGUCAGCAUCCAGCGUCUUCCAGACCACCGAUUCGAAGAGCAAGCGCAAGUAGUUGGCGGACGACUCCCCUCCCGAGCCGCAACCUCGCGCUUGAGCCCCGCCGUCUUCGGGAGCUGAUUGGGCUGAGCACGUAGCCCGUGCUGAGCCGUGGGGGGUAGCGGUGAAGGUGUACAAGCGAUUCUAAGCCGGGGCGGUACAAUAUAGCCCGAUUCAGGCUCGGUUAAUUUGCGAUCAUGAUGCAAUUGGGGAUCGAUUCGUUAGGUGGGUUUUGGGUUCCUAAACUGACGCGAUCAAAAAUUGGGGGGGAGGGGGGAGACGGGACAAGUCGCGGCGCUCGCUGCUGACGUAAUCGAAAUGUCAAAGCCAAAUCGGCUGCUAAAUUGUCCAAUCUCUAAAAGCAUGCUUUGGAGAUUGGUAUCUACAUUUGUAUCAAAUUCAGACUAAAUUGAUGUUAAAAUGUAAGAAAUAACAGAACAUUGCGUUAACAUGGCGCCCGUCAGGCCCAAGGUGUCACGCAAUACUUAACAAUCCAACUUGCAAAGCAUAGUAACUAUCAAACAAGAUAUAUUAUAGAAUAAAUACAAACAUUUAAUUGCCGAUAAGUUAAAUGUUAGUAAAUUCAUAAUUUUGAAUCCACGUAAGCCCGCUAACGUGCGAUCAAACUGAAAUUCAAUUGCAUUGUCGUUCGUAUCGCUCGGCCAUGAAUCGGGCUGGUGUGUGCCCAGGGUUAGCGCUUUACGUGUGCGUGCGUGUGCAUGCGUGUGUGUGCGUGCGUGUGUGCGCGUGCGGGAGUUUGUUCAAAAGGAGUUGUUUUGAGCAGUGGGGUGAAUGUCGCUUUGCGUGAUCCGUGUAAUCGACUGCUGUUCAGUGGUUUUUCUGCACCAUGACAGGCCUAGCAAAGGCUUCAGGAAGUCCCCAACAACUAAACACCCAAAGCCAGAAUAGGACUUUGACAGUAAUGUUUUUUUUUACCUUAUUUCACUUCGUAAUAGCGACCUCCGUUUGCAUGCAGCCUCCAAUGGUGUACUUUCCCGUCGCCACGUUAGCAGCUGUUCAGCCUCGUUUUCUAAAACGCAACUCGUGCAGUAUUAACGUCAGCGUGUGGCACAAAAGCGGUGUACAUUUAAGUGGACGCGUCCCGACUCUAACCGUUGCAUGCGCAAUGUCGCCGUAGUAAUUUAUUGUCGUCUGUUGUAUUUUUUUUUAUCAAGGUUAUCAUUGCCAUCUGCAUCGUUUGCGACUAAUGUGUAUAGCCAGACUUAGAAGCGUCUGUCCUUGAAUGAAUACUUUACCACCGUUUGUAUCGAAGAGGACAAUGAAAUUGAAAUGUCCAUUUUGGCAGACUGUGGCUCUGCUUAAGAGCAGACAGGCACCAUUGGUGAAAAUAUGAUUGUUUUGUGUUGUUCAAUCAAUAAGUUCAUACUUAAGGAUGUAUGAAUCGAUACACUCGCCACCUUCAUUAAGAACACCACUUAAUAAAAGGGAAGUCUACAACAGGUAAAAAUUCUGGCAUUGCCCGUUCUUCAAAGCAGGAAUAUGCCAAACACAAACACGCUUUUGCUGUUAUCAAUUGUUGGUUGCAAGUUCUUAAUUGAGCAAGGUUGUCCUGAAAUAAAGGCCUCAUCCACUAUCUCAUUGUGCAGAAAGUAGGCUUUUGUCGAAAGUAGGUAAAUUCGGUGGAUUAAAAAUAAGUUAUUCAGGUGCAUUCUGUGGGGAGAUGAUACAAAAAAAAUGUGGUUUGUAAAGUGUUCCAAUGAAGCUGGAGUGGGUUAUGUUUUUUUAUCUCCAGAAGACCACUCCAAUGUGAGCGUGGUAUAAUUAUCAUUAUGGUGCAUUGUGGUUCUGAACAUAACCAUUGCACCAAACUGUAGUCUAUCUUUAUUUGUGUGUGUAUAUGAACAUGUACAGCCAUAUUGUAAAUCCACUGCUGAGUGAAGACCUCCCCCACGUAGUGUGGGUUAUAUAACCAUCUAGUUUACUGCAGAUUGAAGGCGGAGAGUGUAGACGUGGGAGUGUUGUACAGUCAAAUGGAUUUCUCUGCACUGCCCUCUACUUUCCACAACGUAGCCCCGUUAACCCAUUUUAUGCACGAUGAUCAUCCAUCCAGUACGACCCAAAAACACUCAACAUAUUUGUGAACACUGCCUUCAAAAUAUAUAAUUGGAGACGUUUUGGGCAGUGGCUCUUCUUAAUAGCGCCUCCCAGAUCAAUGUCCAGCGUCUGAUGAGAUCAUCACAUUCCAGGUGAUCUGGUGAUUGGAUUUUUGUUUAGUUUUAAUGAAGGUGGCGAUUCGAGUUGUACUUUAAGUUACCAGGGUUGUGUUCGUUCGUGAUGGUGGUGGUAAAGUAUUUUCAUUGUGAAUGUGCUCUCACACCACUGCCUGCCGACACGGUCACUGAACUUGUUUUGAUUGACAUCAUUGUCCAGAUGCUGUGGGUCACACUGUGCUGUUGCUUCAACUCUCAAACACUAAUUUACAAGAAGCGGAAAGGAAUAAAGAUUGGACACAAAGCG